UCUCAGUGGAGCUUGGACCGAGCGCAGCGCCGUACGUAUGAGCAAUUUUUAAAGUGCAGUGAAUCGCGGGUGAAUCGCAAGAGUCGCCAAGGAAUCUCAUUCAAAGAACGUACGUUUCGGCGGUCUUCAGGUUUCCUUUAAACGGAUUUAACAAAUGAAAGUUAAUUGAGUUAAUUCGCGGGCAAAAAGCUAGUGAAAUUUAAGAAUUGAAAUUUUAUUUGUGAAAUACUAUAAAAUCGGAGGCUCAAAAUGUCUAUGGACCCAACAGUUUCCUUGGAGGAUCUGGACCGACGUCGACGCCGCGCCAGCUCUGCCCGGAAGGCGUCACAGACUCCCCAACCGCCGCCCCAUUUGGCCGACUCGGAGGCCAUGGCCGUGAUCAAUGAGAUAUUCAAUCCCUCGCUGAAGCUGCCCGAAAGUAGUGGCCACUACACACUGCCGGAGGAGAUGAGCGCCGACGAUGAUGUGGCGCCCCACGAGCUGGACAUUUCGAAGCUGGCGGAGCUGAAGGAAGUUUUCGCGCUCUUCGACACGGACUGCGAUGGCCUGAUAUCGAAGGAUGAUCUGCGCUUCACCUAUACCGCCCUGGGCAAUGAUCCCAACGAGCAAGUCCUGGAGCAGAUGAUGCUGGAGGCCAAGGAACCGCUCGACUACGAGGCCUUUGUCCGUCUGAUGUCCCGACGCACACAGGAACUGGACCCCGAGGAGGUGCUGCUAGAGGCAUGGAGCAAAUGGGAUGACCAUGGCACGGGCCUGAUCGAAGAACGCAAAAUCUACGAGGAACUGACCAACUAUGGCGACAAAAUGAGCCUCAACGAGGCUAAGGAGGCACUCAGCCAUGCGCCCAUGGCCAAGCCCAAGUCUCUGGAGGAGCCGCCGAUGAUCGAUUAUCCAGCCUUUUGCCGCAUGCUCGGCGGAAUGCGCAAACGGAAAGGGAAUUAACAUUGAAAGGACAUCGAAACAAUCAGAAGGGGAGCAUGCCAGUGCCCCGAACAUAUGUACAUUUUAGGAGUUUUUGUUUCCAACAAUCUGAAUGGUUUUUCGAGAACACAGGACUUAUCGUUUACCCCCUUAACUUGUCCCUACAGAUUAUGGAAAUCAAAACCUUUCCCAAUAGCCAAUAGUCCCCAAUUUGUUGUAGCUAUGUAUGUAGGAGGGACUGCCUUCACCCAAUCAAUUUGGAACCUCCAAAGAAAUUGGAAACUACUCGAAUCUCUGCUCGAACGGCAGCUGUCUCAAUAUCGCAAUCGAAUAACUCUUACCGCCAACUUUUGUUCGACUUUGCAUCAAAAUAAAUCGUGAAGAACCAAAA